AUGACAAUCGACGAAGCAGAUGGCAACGGCAGGACGAUGCUAACUUGGGCAGCUCAAAAUGGCCACGUCGACAUUGUCCAGCUGCUCUUAGACAAGGGGGCGGACGUCAAUGCGCAGGGUCUCUGGCAUGGCAGCGGCCUACAUGGGCCCUCAUACAAGGGUGGCGAGUACGGCAACGCUCUAUAUGCCGCCUCAUGCGAAGGUCACGCAGAGAUUGUCCAGCUGCUCUUGAACAAGGGGGCGGACGUUAACGCGCAGGGCGGCAAGUACGGCAACGCUCUGCAGGCCGCCUCAAUCAGAGGCAACGUCGAGAUUGCCCAGCUGCUCUUAGACAAGGGGGCAGACGCCAACGCGCAGGGCGGCGAGUACGGCAACGCUCUAUAUGCCGCCUCAUACGAAGGUCACGCAGAGAUUGUCCAGCUGCUCUUGAACAAGGGGGCGGACGUUAACGCGCAGGGCGGCAAGUACGGCAAUGCUCUAUAUGCCGCCUCAAUCAGAGGCAACGUCGAGAUUGCCCAGCUGCUCUUAGACAAGGGGCAGACGUCAAUGCGUAGGGCGGCAAACGUCCAGCGUCUCGAUUCGUUGGGCCGCACACCGCUCUUCUUGGCCGCGAGGUACGGGCAUAUUGACAUGGUUCGCGUUUUACUCGCAGAUCCUAACAUUGACAAGACAGCAGAGGAUUGGUGCGGUUCGAUACCACUCUCUGCUGCGGUACGAAAUGGCCACGCUGGCAUCGCUGUCAUGCUGUUGUCGAAUGACAACAGCACGCUGAACGAUCAAGAUUCUUUUGGUCACAGUCUGAUAUGGUGGACGCGUCGUGGCGACCACGCCGACGUUCUUCUGGUUUUACUUCGUCACGCAGCGGAGAAAGACAUGUUUGUAGAUAGAGAUGAUCCUCCCAUGAUUGUGGAAUGGACCCUGUUUGAUACCCAGCAAGCAUGGUGUGAUGUCUAUACGCUCACCAUAUCUCGUGGAACGGGCCUUUCUUGUAAGACGUGUUGUGGCGGAGGAUUCUGCAUAUGCAAAGAUUGCGUCGCACUGGGGUUCCGGUGCUGCGAAUCGUCCCAUUCUUUGGUGGCUCGAUAG